AUCCUUAUCAACCAAGAAUAAAACUAAUUCAUGGUUGAAACAUUUAGAGGAUUUGAUUAUGCAAUCACAUCACCUAAAUGAUUUCCCUUUGGAUUGGUUUCAAGAAGGCAUCAGUGGAUACUAUAAAUUGGAUUUGUCUAAGAAGUUUAAACUGAUGACUUUUCUUGGUGACGAAGCUUUGAACACUGCGUAUGGGGAGAAUGCUGAAGAGGUUGCACAGUUGGCUAAUUGGACAUGUCCGAAGUGUCGAGGCAUUUGCAACUGUAGUUUUUUCCAAAGGCGACGAGGUGAACAGCCUACUGGUCCCUUAUAUCGUGGUGCCAAGGAAUCAGGCUUUAAGUCAGUUGCAGAAGUGUUUACAAUGAAGAAGAAUUUAGAAACAUCAAAUGCAUUAAAUGAGGGUAACCUGAGAAAGGAUCCUGAAGUAUUUCUCUUAAGGGGAACUUGGAAAUGAACAUUUUUCAGAUGCAAAUGUCACUGAAAUUUGCACCAAAGAUAAUGGUGGUGAGAAUUUUGGAAUGAACUUAGAGCAAAACAUUUACAGAGGAAAUUCUUUUGCCACCUGGCAUGGAGUUAAAAGAAAUAUUUGGCAUUGAGUAA